UUUUAUUUUAGAUUCAUCAUAUUUACAUACAAGAUCACUAUGAUAGUUUCUUAUACUUUAUAACUCUGAGUUAAUCAGUAAGCUAUAUUUUAUAAAUUGUGAAUUUGUCGUUAUUUCAAAAGUUUUCAUGCAUUAUUAAUUUUCCAAAUUGGUCCUACCACAUGGCGAUGUUUACACCAAGAUUCAAGUUUACCCGAGAAUCGUAAUCACCUUGAUUGGCACUACAGAACAAGUUAAACUACUGUCCGUUUUACUUGAUUAGGUAUAUGAUUAAACAACUAUCAUCGCUACUUUUUUAUGUUUUUCUUUUAUCAUCUACGACCAUCGAAAGGCGUGGUAUAUGCUUUUUGUACAUUCAAUAUAUAAAUAGUAUUGACAAACAAAAAAACAACAAAUUAUGAAAUUAAUUCGUCAAACUGAGAUAAAUUUUAAUACAACAAGGUCGGUCCGCCAAAAAUUUAAAUAAAACACAGCCUACCCAUAAUAACUUAUAAUUAAUAAAAAUCCUAUAAUUUUGAUUGUUUUUGCUUGCAUUUUUUUCGUGUUCGAUCCUUCAAUCAAGGAACCAUUGUUUAUUAUCAGUCGAACCAUCGCCCAUGUGCCUGAAGCUCUUCUCUUAACAGACUCGAUUAAUCAUAUUUAAAUCUGAUUUUUCCUUUGUCGGCACAUAUUCAUGGCUUUUCUUAUUGUAUAUUAAGUGACUCCACAUUAUUACUUUACAAACAUUAUUAAAAGAGGAGGACUUGUAAAUUGCAAAAAGCAGCUUGCACAUGCAAGUAUGUAUGUGGGUUUGUCCUUUACUUAACCUCUUGUCUCCUAUAAAAACCACCUAAAUGUUUCCAUGUUUAUGUAUCCCAAAGCUCGAGAGAAAACAGAAGAAAAUAUUAAACAGAAAACACCAGAAAUCAAAGUAGAAAGAGAUGAUGAAGUUCAAGUCUAAGAGAUUUGGGAUUAGAUUUGGUUUUGGUAAAAGAACCAACAACAAAGGCACACAACAAGAUCAACAGCAAAAGGGAUUGGGUAAUAGCAACAACAAUAUUAGCUGCUGCAAUAAUGAAAUCAAAUGGGAACUUAGACCAGGAGGUAUGCUUGUUCAAAAAAGACAAGAGAGCAUUGGUGAUGACUUGAUCUCCAUUAGAGUCUCUACUUUUGCUAAUUUUCAUGAUCUAUCCAUUGAAGCAACCUCCACUUUUGGAGAACUUAAGAUGGUACUAUCACUGCUUACCGGUUUAGAGCCAAAACAACAAAGGCUAUUAUUCAAAGGGAAAGAAAGAGAGGAUGAUGAAUAUCUACACAUGGUUGGUGUUGGAGAAAAAGACAAGGUGUUGUUGUUAGAAGAUCCUGCCUUCAAAGAGAAAAAGCUUCUUGAUCGUAACAACAUUUCCGCUUCUUGUCUCACUAUAAUCGUAUAAACAACUAAACAAAUUUGUCAAAUUAGUUGUUUGUUAAGUACUUCUAAGUAAAAUAUAAAAGCAGCCAAGAAUAGUUACUAGAUAGGAUUGUCAUACAUAAUGCACUAUACUAAUCAUAUAAAUUUCUAUAUUGAAUUUGUAAAAUUAAUGUUUACAUGUAAUAUAUUUUAAGGUUUUCAGAAAGUUUCAUACUCUUAGUUUGUUUUA